UUGUGUUUACGAAAUAAAUCUCGUUACAUCUCUCAAAAAAUUGUAUGCUUAUUCUAGAAGCUUAUUCUAGCUUAUCUAGAAAAUUAUCGAUCAAAUAAAGGAACAAGAUGAUUUUUUCCAUAAUCAUAAGUUUCUAUUGUAUAUAAACUUGUUUUCAGCGACUUUUUCAACCCUUUCUGAUAUAAGUUUUAUUCUAUUACUAAGUGUAAUGCUUCUCUUAUUAACUAUAAUUCAGUGGUCAACAAAAAAGAAUUUGACUUAUGUGACUCGUAAGCACAUAAAUGCAACGCCGCCAUGCUGAUUUAAAAAUGAUUUUUUUUGGGCCCCCACUUAAUUGCAUACACAAAAAUUCAUUCAAAUCGAUCCUACCGUUUACUUGCAACAUAAAUAAAUAACCUAGAUACCGACUGCAGCGGCAUCUGCCGGGCUGAUUAGUGAAUCUUAACCAUCCAAACGCUUACAAAAAAAUUCAUUCAAAGCCGCCUAGAAGGAGUUUAUUGACAUACACACGUACAGUAGAAUUAUAUAUUUAAAUAUAAUAAUUAGUCCCACAUGUUCAAUAGCUAAUUCCAAUAUAUUUUUUUUACAUAGUCAGCUCCAAAAAUCAAUUGUUAUUACUCAUAUCAAUCGUAGUUAUUAAAAAUGUUGUGAAUUUUAUUUUUCAAUCAUUAAUAUUAUUAGCGCCAUCUUGUGCAAUCUAUGUAGAAGGUAUAAUUGUUUCUACCGCCAUCUAUUGUUUAAAUAAUGAACAAGUUUCACCGUAUUAUGGAAUAAUAACUAAAUAACCACUAUAGUUGGUCAAUUAAUUUUUAAUUGAUUCAUAUAUUGUCAUCGGGAGUAUACAAAAUAGGAAGUUGAUUGGUCAACGUAGGUUAUUUAAAUCUUGAUUACAAAAUUAUACAAUAUAAACAAAUUUGGUAAAAAGAGAAUUUGUUAAACGUUUAAGGUCCCCAUUUUGUAUUAAAAUAUAUAUAUAUUUCGUUAUAAUAGCAUCAAAGAAAAAAGCGUUGUAGUCGAGACCUGCGAUGCCUUCUGUAAUUUUCGAAUAGAUUCGAUAUCAAGUUUCAGCUACCGUGAGUAUUUGCUCCUCGAAAAGCAAUUAGCUAAUAACGAUGUUUAAACGUAAUUCAAGAAGACAUAUCGUCGUAUCGGGCCCGAAGAAUUUACAUAAAAUACACAGCGCUACUAAAUCGGGAAUUAAAAAAACAUUUUUGAAUUAUGGACACGAUUGUACGUUAGAAGGAAUAUCGGACGAUUACGAUAUCGAAUACGCCCCCGGAGAUUCACUUUUGGCUCGAUUUAGACGAUGGUUGGUCAGAAUGAGAGUCGUUUCCGAAACGAGCAAAUUGUACACCCACCAUUUGAGAAGUUUCGGCGCCAUUUCGGCGGAAAGAAGAAGACAAUUGAAGUUUUAUCCUUACGCCAUACAUCCGUUUAGUUUAGGCAGAAUCGUUUGGGCUGGAAUUAUGAUGGUGGUUAUAUUGUAUCAGUUCGUAAUAACUUCGUUUUUGUACAUUCUAUUCGAUUUUCGAGAUCCUAAUUUUUCUUUCGAUCCCAUUUUGAAUAUAUUCCGACUGUUUUUCGAUUCUUUUCUAAUACUGAACGUAUUGAUGAACUUUUUUACGGGUUUCUACGACGAACCGAUGCAAAAGGUCAUGUUGGAUUUCCCGUCAAUUUUUAAACAUUAUUUAAGGACCAAUCUUAUACCCGACGUACUGUCUUCCUUCCCGACGUACGUCGAUAUUUUUUAUAAAAUGAAUACCAAACAGAUGGCCAUCAUUUUGUGGAUAACUAUCUUCAGGUUUUUAUUGAUAAGGACAUUUACGGCGUAUUCGAAAAUAUUAGCCAACUAUUUUCAAAUUAAUCAUUUUAAUUAUAUGACCGCGAUGGUAAUAGUGUAUACGAUUUUGUUUUGGCACGUGAUGUGUUGCGUUAUUGAAUUCAUAAGGUCGAAUAUUGUCUAUUACAAUAGAUUCGAAGCGUUCUACGAUACCUCCGAAACGGGUUACCACCUCAACGACGUAGCCUGGAUUAAAUACAUAAAUUCGCUGCAUCACAAAUCCUUAUUACUUUACAAUUCGGGAUACGGCAAAACUAUACCGAAAACCGAAUUAGAAAUUAUAUUAAUUUAUUUCGUAUGGUACGGAUCCAGUUUGUUCUGUAUAUAUAUUUUAGCGAUGAUCAUGGAAAUAAAUACCGGAAAAACGUCUUCGGCUUUGAAAUACGACGCCAUGGAAAGGCAGCUCAAAGAAUACAUGAGACACAAACAAUUACCGACGCAGAUGCGCGCUAGAAUUUUAACUUACUACGAAUUCAAAUUCCAAAAGAAAUAUUUUAGAGAAAACGAAAUUUUAUCGACGAUAUCCGAACAACUGCGACAAGAAAUGAAUAUGCACGCUUGCAAAAAGUUGGUGGAGAACGUGACGUUUUUCAGAAAUUUGCCUUUAAAUUUAUUAGUAAGAAUAAUUUCGUGUUUGAAAAUAGAAGUGUUCCUCGUAAACGACGUUAUAAUAAGAGCGAAUACGCCGGGCGUUAGUAUGUAUUUCAUAUCGACCGGUACCGUGGCGAUAUACACGAAAUCCGGAAAGGAGGUUUGUCAUCUCGAAGACGGCGCCCAUUUCGGGGAAAUAGCGUUGCUGAUCAAAAAUACGUUUCGGAUAGCUUCGGUGGUAGCCGUCGAAGUUUCCGAAAUAUACAGGCUGGAUCAGAAGGAUUUCGUUAAGGCGAUCAAUCCGUAUCCAGAUCUGUUGGCCAAUAUUCAACAUAUAGCCGAAGAACGGAUGGAAGUAACCUCAAUGUUGGACGAGUAUAAUAAAAGAGAAAUUACCAGCCAAAGAAGAGACAUUCUUUAAUUAAGUAUCAAAUCGUAUUUUAUUUGAGUGUAGAAAAAAAUAUAUUUACGUGGUAAAUUAAAUUGAUAU